AAAUAAAAGUAAUAACUUUUUGUAAAUACAAAAAUUCUCAAUAAGAAAUUAAAUGAGUUUCAACAGCUGAUACAUUGGCUACCUUCAUCCUGAUUAGAUAAACGACUAUCACUAUGAGUUCAAAAAAAAUAUAUAUAUAAGGAUUUUUUAAAUAACGUUAUCUUAACUUUAUUACAUUUAAUGUGAUGCAUUUGGGUUGCAAUAUAUAGUAUCACAACGGCGUUAUGGCCUCAGUCAAGUAAAUAAUUACUUUCCUAUAAAGUUAAAUAUAUUAAAAUACAAAUGCGAAGUUAAUAUAAUGAAGCGAUGCAAUUUGACGUGUGAAUGUAAAAGACGUAACCAAUUGAAUCUAAGUUUGAACAAUUUGCGAUAUGAAAUAUCUCUGAUAAUAAUAUUGCGAUAUCGAUAACAUGACAAUGAUAGAUUCUAUCUGUCUAAUAGAAGCUGUUAACGUCGACUUGAAGACGGCAUAAGAUUUAGUUUUGAUCCAGAAAUUAGACGGAUCAUGCGUCCGACAGCCGCACGAUCAAAUCGAUUGUCCGUACAUCAUUCUACAUCAUCCUCGACUCCAAACCCGUCAACAACCUCGUCCAUUUAUCAUCAACAACAACAGCAACAACAAAUUCUAUAUGCUCCUGUUAGUAGUCCAGUAGUGACUCUUCAACCUUGUGGAACAGCACUCCAUCCUUCGUGUGUUUAUCCGAACGUCCAGUCUCACGUUGUUUCACCGAAUUCCACCCAUUUACAUCUCCAAGGUAAAAGUAAUCGAUGGCACGCCAAGAACAAGCCAUUUUCCAGUCAGCAAUAUUAUCAACAGCAGCACACACAGCAACAGCAACUUUCCUACGGUCCAAAGCCCGUGGUGUUCUUCGAUCAACCGUCUACGAGCCUUGCAUCGAUUCCUCCGUCGACCACAUCCUUCUUAGUAGCUUCUUCCACAUUCACUCACGCUGGACCGUUGCACAGCGAGCAUUACGAUAAUAAUUCUGGAAUGACACAUCUGUUACCACAACCCUUUAACUUCAAGCCACCGGACAUGCAAACCUUCUGCCUCAUCCAAGAUCGACCAAACAUCCAGCAACAGCAACAACAGCAGCAACAGCAGCAUCCGAUGCAGGCUUCCUAUUACAAUAUCUCGGCCACAAACACCUGCAGUCUACAAACUGUUAAUACCAACUCAUCUUUCCCACUUGCCAGUCUCAAUCCUUAUGCCAGCUUAACUAGCUUCACCAACAAUCAGUUCCCAGCGACAACGCAAUCCACUCCGGUCUUCUCGAAUCCGCCUGUUGGGCUGGUCCUCGCACCAUCGCGACGAGAUAAAUCUUCUCCAACAUUGGAUCUCGCACUGUUCAAGCAUAAUGCUGACAAGAUAUCGAGCACUUGUGAGCCUCGAGUUGUUCCGGUCAGUCAGAGUGAGAACUCCAACGACUGGUCAUCCCAGAUCGAGACGUUCUCCAAGAACGACACGCAAAACUCUGCAGAAAAUAACAGGAGCGUCGAAUCUGGUGAGUGCGCUUUGCAGAAAUCUCUCUCCGUCGUGGCAAAAACAGAUGAGGAGCAUUACUCCGACGAGUCCUCAAUUAGUUUCGAUUUUACCAUCGAGGCCGAAAAGAUGGUCUCCGCUUUAUGCAACACUACUUCCUCAAACGAUUUGGGUAAGGAAGAGUCAAAGCCUGGUAACAAGACUGAUCCAACAACGUUGUUCAACGGCGCGGGCGAUAAUGUAUCCAAUAAGACAAAUUGGUUUGCCGAUUUUUGUGCCGAAUAUGAGAACGGAACGUCGAUCGGCGUUCAAACGGAUAGUCCACGCGUUGACACGUCGCAGUAUCCAGAAUUAAUCCGAAAGACAGCUUAUUGGGGAUGCACGGAGGCUGAGAUCAUCCUCGGUUCCGACGAUUCAAAAACGAAUUCCAAACGGAAUUGGUUAACAUGUCUGUCGUCUGCCACGAGAACAGCGAUUACAAAGUCCUCGACCUGCAUUCCCGUCUUUGCAGGGGACCGAAUCUUCGCUGACGAUCUUAUAAACGCUCUUCUGCGCAUUAGCAACGGUUGGCUGAGCCUCGACAAUUACUUAAACAAACAGCACUUUCCCAAUUUGUUGGAUAGAUUGGAUUCCGGAUUAAUUACGCGCUUUCACUCGUGGGAGGAGAGCACGUACGAAUUGCUAAAGCAAAUGGUGCGAACUUUUCAAAAGUUUGGAGAAAACAACAAAGUAACAGAUCAAAAACGUAAUGUAACUUGUUGUGAAUCAUCAUCGUUUCCAGGCGACGUGUCGCUUUACACUACCUAUGAUCUUUUUGCUCCGUUACCAUCGAAUUCUCUUUCUCAGCAAAAUAUAAUCGGAAAUUAUUCGCAGAAGAAAUCGCAAAGUUCAAUGUCUGCAUCACUGCCAACGAGCAGUCUGUGUAAUUUUCAGUAUAACUCCAAUCAGCAGGAGCAGCAGUCAACAAAUCCAAAGGAAAGUAAAUUACGGAGCAAGUGGACGAUUACCGAAAAUCUAUCAUCUAUGAUUAGCGCUACAAAAUCCGUGCCGAAUGUUACUGUGUGUCAUACCGACAUCGGCGGUUUAACAAGUCAUAAACUUCGUACGAAAGACACAUUGUCAUUCAGAAAGUUAGAUGCUACUCAGAAGUCGCUGAACGCUGAAUUCUGCCAGCUAAGAAACAAAGUGAUGGAAAGUUGCACAGACGCAACGAAAGAUAGAAAAUAUGGUUACACACCGGGAAAUAAACUUACGACAUCUCUCGAUAACACCGAGUCCAUCCGAUUGCAGCAUCCAGCAAUGAAUGCCCCUUUGAGUUACAGCGGACUGUACGCGCGGAAUUGUUUAUCCUUCACGUUUCCUUUAUCAAAUCAUCCCGAUUCUUUAUACUCCGCAUCCAAUCCAGGAAUCUCAACGUAUAGCGGAAUCAAUUAUUCUUCUUCAACGCUUUAUCCCAGUAGCGAUAUCAAUUCAAGAAGUAGCAGGAACUCUGAACAAAUUCACGGAAGUAAAAGCGUAAAUGUCAAUCCAGUUUAUGUUAGCAGAUCGCAGACUGAUCAGUUAGAACUCCCGGCUGUACCUAGAAACAAGAUGACCCUGCUCAGCCAGAUCGAGCCGCGGACGUUCGACAAGGAAUCUGAAGAAAUGGCGGCCAACUUGUCAGCCUGGUUCGCUAGCAUGCGAAGCAUGCAGCCUUCGGCGACCGCGUCGGCCUUGGAGGGAUCAACAAGGAUGAAUGGGCAUUCGACUCCUCGGCUGUUCGUUCACGAGAUGCCCAAGUAUUCGAUGGUUAUAUCCAAGCAACCGCAGAUCGAUGCUAAUCGGCAGUUCCAGGCGUUGCAGAAUCUGCCAAAUAUUCAGAGUACACCAUGGGCCGCCAGCAGUUUCAUCGGCAAUCGUUUUCACGUGCAACAAGCGCCCGAAGAGUACGACAGUUCCGAGGAUGUACGGGUGUACAUGAAACCGGGCAGCUACAAUGUACCGAAGAAGAGGCAUCAGAGAAGAUCGAAUCGUCGAUCGGAGAACAACGCAACGUCUCGCAGCGGACACGCGAGCAGUCAUCAGCACAACGGAUACGGUAAUAAGGGAAAGAGUAUACCCAUACCAGCAUCGUCAACGCCUCUGUCUCAUACGAACGUGUCGGCCCUGUCCACCAACGUCGUUAACGCCACGCUGAUAAAGACCUCGUUCCCGUCAGCCUCGCAGCUGCCUGCGCCUCUGUUCAACCUCGAAAGCUCACCCAGGAUCUUGAAGCGUACGGAAUCUCUGUCGCAAGACUCUCGUCGGGAUGUCACCUGGAAAGCAGCGUGCGCCUCGGCCGAGAUACUUCUCGAGGCUCUUAACGUAAAGGAUUGUAACAGUACAUUUAAAAAUGUCGAAGGUAACGAUAGUAGCGAGAGGCAAGAUAAGAACGAAGAAAAUAUUACGACGUUAACGUCGCAGCACAGCGAUUCAAAAUCGAUGAAGCAUGAUAACGUCAAUUGUACAUCUUCCUACGAAGCCUCGGAGGAUGAUACGGGAUCCACAUGUAAAUUUUCGCCUACAGCAAGCGUAAUAUCAGUAUUCCAACCACGCGACGAUGAGAAUGCUCUCAAUAUCAAGACGAACGUGAAAACGGACUCCUGGCUGAUCAGGACUCUCAAUAACGCGAGUAUCGGAAAACAAAAGCGACAUACGGACGAUGCGGAUCAACGAAGUGAGAGGUCCUCGACUUGUUUGCAAAUUGUCGACGAAAAACCAGAUCAGCUGUCAUCGUUGUUAAUCGCGGAUGCAGAUAUAAAGACUCGUGCGUCAAUCAUUGAUAGUGAAUAUCCAACGAUCCAACUCUCUCGCGAGCACGUCUCUACUUCUUCCUCGAAGAGUGGCGAAACGUCAACGAAAGAACUGGAAGGUCAGGUUGGAAAAGCCACGUACUCUGAAACGGUGCGAAGAUCUAUGAAAACGAGUAAUUUACACUUGGAAAAGAAAGAGUUGCUCAAGUCGUGCACGACUAAUUCAUUGGCUACUAUAAUUUCAAUUCCUGGCCGCAAAUAUCAGAGGAAAGACUCCGAGCAAUCAUAUCAGCUUUUACAUAAAUCGCGAAGAUUAGCCGAUAAGAAAUUAGUGAGAAAUACGGACGGCAAUGAUCUUCAGUUGGAAGAGGGAUCGUGCGUGAAAAUCGGCGCUGUUAAAUCGAACGGUGUAACGUCAAAAUCUUCAAUCACCGCGAAAACAAAUCAUGGUAAAAAGAAGGAUCACUUGGAACACUUGGAAGGCAAAUGUGCCAACAAGUUGAAUGAUCGUGGAUGGUCAGUGUGGUGCAGUUCCAGGAGGAAACAGAACCUCAGUCCUCUGGCACUUAACAAGUUGGAGACGAUUCAUCGAACUGUCUGGCAAAUGGAUGAAGCUAAUAUCUUCAAGUACCCAUUCUCACGUGACAAUAAAGAUGAACUGGCUUCGUCAGCAUUAAUAAUGGAGAAUUAUUGCAAGAUUGUUAAAAGCCCGAUGUUUCUCGAAAUUGUCGAGUACAAGCUGAAGAAUCGGAUCUAUCAUAAAGUCGAACACGCCGUAAAAGAUUUUCGACGUAUUAUUCACAACGCGAGAUUGUAUCAUCAGCACGAUGACGAACAAAUGAAAAAGAUCGAAACGCUUUCGAAGAAAUUAGAAGAUUUAUUCGAAGAACACUUCGGCAAUUGGGAUUUUGACAAUAUUACCGGCAGUCCGAGGGAAGAUUCAUUAAUACAGCUGCGACUCAAGACAUCCGGACAAAAAUUGAGCGCAGGACGCUGCGAUAGCGCGAAGAAAAGUGUUUCUUCACCAAUCAUCUCAGAGAAUUCUUCGUUUCACUGACUGUUGCUUCUCAUUGAAACGAAAAGUCCAAAUCAAACUAUCGCAACCAAACUAACGUUCUUUACAGAGCAUUGCGUGUAAUAACUUCUUCUAGUCACGAGCCAAGUACUAUUAAUGAUAUCGUAGGUAUUCUCCUUUCUCUAUUCUCGAAAAUCGAUAUCGCUGUAAACGUGUCAUUGAGCUUUUCUAUGUCGAAAGGAUGGAAUUCCGGAUAUUAACUUUGAAAAAUAUGCGUGUAUGUUCUAUCCGUUGAUCGAACUAUUUCAAUUUUAUAGCGAUAUCUUAGAAAAAGAAAACUUUAGUAAACACGAACGAUCAUCGUACGAUAUUGGAUUAAUUUUUAUACGAAAAAGAAAAUAGCGUAUGAUAUAGCGAAAGUAUCGAUAAUAUAAUAUAAUUUUCCACGUUCUUUGUUACGGCUUAUGAAACAUUUCGAUACUCCUGUUGAGGCAUCGUUAGAUCAGAGUGAUAUGAAUCAUGAAAUAUAUAUUACAUUGAGACUAAUC